ACCAUAGUUUACUAAUACCAAAAACGAAUUCAAUUUCUUCUAAUAUAACACUUAUAUCACUCGUCUAAAACAUUUUAAUAACUCAGUUUUAUAUAGAAAUUGAACUUUGAAUUUGUUGCUCACAUGUAUAAUAAAUCUAAAACAGACAAAAAAUUUUGAAAGUUCAAAAUUACUCCUUCUCUGAGCGAUAAUGGCUGAUUCUGGGGAAUUUCCUUACGCUCCAGAAUGGGCAAAUGGACAGGACUACAAAAAAUACUGGGAUCAUUGGAAAUCUUUGCAAACAUGGUAUAAUAAAAAUUAUGGGAAUGAAAACUAUCAAUCAAACUACUUAAAUGCCUACGGACAUCACUUAUAUUUAUGGAAUCACUACUUUCAGCAUUUUAUGCAACAGUAUAAAUUCUUCACAUCUCAAACUUUGUCCCAAUAUGCAGUAGAAAAUAAACCUACUAAUUUUAAUCCUUAUUACGAAUCUGAUGAAGUUGACGAAGCUGAUUUAGAGUAUAAAAAUUUUUUAAGGGUUUCCAUGGAGCAUAAAAAAGAAAGAGAUAAAAUGAAGAAAUGCGUCAAUGAAAUGGUUUAUGUUAAUGUUUCUGAUUUACCAAAAAAAUCAAGAAUUUUAAGUCCAAACCAAUCGGAUUCGAGACGAGAAAAAAUUUUAAAGCUAUAUGGUAAUGAUGGUGCUAAGAUACAUGCUAUGGAAACUGCAUUACAAUUGAAUUUUGAACGAAAGCAAGAUAAACUUCGACCACAAGUCUGGCCUCAAUUGCCGCUACACAUCAAAUUUUCCGAUGAAUAA